UUAGUAUGUAUUGCGAAUGUCGUAAAACCGAAUGUUUGAUGCAUAUGGGAAAACAAGUGAAGUUAAGGUUAAUAUUAUUGGAAUGUUUUCGUGCCAAAAUCCUCGCAGAUAUCAAGUUUGUGUCCCUUGGUGGAGUUGUGGAAUAAUUGAUGAUCUCCCGUUAAUCGGUGCUUGGCUUCGAAGCGUAUUUCUCAAUGCCCGAAGUUCUAAUUGCGUCCAGGUGUGCUCUGUUUCGCACUGUGUAAGAACUGAUUUGUUUGUGAUGCAACACAUUAUAUUGUAACAGGCAAACUUUGCAAACAAUAGACGCCUUCAGAAAGAACUUAUGUCACUUAUGAAAGAGCCCCCUCCAGGAGUUACUGUAGAUGCUGAAGGAGCAGGACAGAACCUCAAUCAAUGGAUUAUUCAGAUGGAUGGUGCACAAGGUACACUAUAUGAGGGCGAGCAGUUCCAACUCCAGUUCAAAUUUAGUUCAAAAUACCCCUUUGACUCACCAGAGGUUACAUUCAUAGGACCAAAUAUUCCAGUCCAUCCACAUGUGUAUAGUAACGGACAUAUCUGUUUGUCAAUUUUGACUGAAGACUGGUCGCCAGCACUUUCGGUACAGUCAGUCUGCCUUAGCAUAGUCUCCAUGCUUAGCAGUUGUAAAGAGAAGAAAAGGCCGCCUGACAACUCAUUUUAUGUCAAAACGUGUAAUAAGAAUCCAAAGAAGACAAAAUGGUGGUAUCAUGAUGCCGCUGUGAGCACCACCUGGUACCAGUCACCAGCUGCACUUUUGUGACUGGUAUCAGGACGAGUUGGUGGUUGCAGCAGUUCUGUAUACCUGGUCCUCAUGUCAUCUGAGCGUCUGGUCAGAAGAUGGUCAUACAGAGUGAAGUUGGUAGCCAGAAUAAAAAAUAAUUAACUGAUUGCAAUCUGGAUUAUUGUUGUUGUUGUUGUUGUUGUUUUUGUUUUUUAAUUUACUGUUGCUGAUGUUCCUAAACAGUGUUAAAAGUUAUUUGAUUAGUGACUUCUUGGAAAGUUGGAAAAUCUCCAGAGCAGAAUGGCAAUCCAUGGAAUAUUUAUUUUCAUGUCUGAUCUGAUGGUAUUUCCUCUUAGCUGCUGUGACCGCUGUCCUAUACCAAAGAGGCAUGAUGGGGCACAUCGUGCCUCAUUAUGGCUGACCACAUGAAUAAUAAAAGUAAAAAUAAUGUACAUUAUUUGCACUUUUUUCCACUGUGUAACCAACUCUUGUUGUGAGUGUAUUUGUUAGUAACAAUACAUAGGGAUAUUCAUUGUUUCUUUGGAGUGUUAUGUAUCACUUCGCCACUUCUGAUUUUGUGUACUUUGUGAAUCAUAUGGAAACCCAAUCACUGUAUAACUUGCAAAUACUAAUCAGACAUCCAAUGAGUUGUGCAGAAAUUUUGAGAAGUUAUUUUAGUUGGGCUCAUAAAAUAUUGUAAGCAGAAUUGUCAGUCAACUCAAUGUUAUAACUCCAGUUAGAAUAUGAGGCAACAAACCAUGUGUCACUAUUAUAUUUGGGAUGGGUAUUAUGGAAUGUAAUUGUGUGCCAGAAACUGGAAGGUAUUGUGCAUCACCUUUUCUUCUUCUCACAAGGAAAUGGUCCAAUCCGAUAUGCUUGAACCUAGCCUGUAAUUUACCUCACAAGAAGAAUACACCGAAAGAAAUGCACUGCCAAAUUGUAGCUGCGAAGGUGCAUGCAAGUAAUUUUUUUUUUUUUUUUUAAAUAUAUGUUACUGAUUUUUGCUGCAUGAAGAAUCGCUUAUAACAGCAGUUUGUACAGCUGUUCCAGCCAAGCAUGCUAGUCGGUGAAUAAGCAGAUGCAACAGUGACAUGAUAGCGUAGCACCGCAUAGCAUGAAUGCCAAAGUGCAUCAGAAUAAUGUGCAGUUCAUAUUGACAUCCAAGUUGUUGCAGAUGUAAUUGUUAAACAAGUGAUUAGAAAAUCGAGGCAGUGUAUGAUGUAACAUUUGAGAUGACUUCCAUCAGUCAGGACUUUAAUUUGGUAACAUGAAAUAUUUUAUGACAAUUCCUGUAGCACAGCUGUUUCAAUAAUUUUCUAAUAAUAUAUAUUUUUCUAAUAUUGAAGCAGUUCCUUGUUUGUUCCCUGCAGUCAUCACAAACCUGAGAAGUGUCUAUUGGAUGGAGAGAGAGAGAGAGAGAGAGAGAGAGAGACUUACAUGAGGCACACCUGAUAAAAGAAAAAUUAAUGCAUUCAGGAACUUCACUGUAAUUAUUAGUCCUAUUUAGGCAGAACUGGGUGAAGUCCUGGUUGCUCUGCGUAUAGUACUCCGUACCAGGCACACUUGAUCAAAUUCGUAAAACAUGGUGGUACAAACUGACAAUGCACAAAUGACUGACAUUUAACAGAACUAUCAGAAAUUAUAUUUGGACAAUAAUUAAAAAAAAAAAAGCUUUACACUGUGGAACCAUUUCUUUAUGUAGAGGCUAAAUCAUGCUAUUAGUUCAGAGUGGAAUCAGAAUUAUAUUAACAGUCUUUUUGCCAUCCUCAUAAAGACAAAGGAGUGUUAUGUCCAGGCCAAGAGUCCAACAAAAGCAGUGAAUUAAUUUCUGCAACUGAAAAGAAGACAUUUCAGCAGUAAUAUUGAAAAUUAUUCUCUCCCAUUUUUCCCAUGUUUUGCUAUGCCAGAUUUUUGCAACUAAACAGUCCUUUUUUUUAAUUUGUGGUCCUAAUUAUUUGCUGUGAGUUUUGCGAAGACAUACAUAAAGCUGUGAAUACAUUAAUUAAUCCACUGAUACUUAUUAUUGGCAUUAUUUUAUACGAAUGUGUCGUGGCAUUCAUCGACUGCACAAGUGACUCGGUCUUUCUUUCACUUGAAAUGAUAAAGUGCAGUUUGCAUGUAGAUCUUCAAUGAAACCUGGCUGAUUGGCAUUAUACCCUGCAUUUUAAGGGAUUACAAGAAGCUUCAUCUUUACGUCAGCUACAAAUUUCUCUGUAGUAUCACCUAUUAACACUC